AUGUUUGAGCCUCGCAAGCGUCCCGAACCCAUCACGGCAGUAGACCGAUCCCGCAACAACCGUCUGCCGCGUCUCUUGACCGAUCCAACUGCACUCUCCCGUCGUCCUCCUAUUACCACGGACUACUCCUCCGAAUCGGCCGGCAGCAUCAACACAAGCUCGUCAUCUCUUCUCAAACACUUGUACCACAAAACGUCACCAUCGCGUUCUAGAUCCGCAACACAGCUUCGUCCGGAAGCCCAAUCCUCGGUCGCCGAUAACCUCUCCAAGCAAGGGGAUACUAGAACUUGGUUGUACGAAUGCGGACCGGACGACGACGACUGGCUGCACGUUCCCGGAGUCGAGCGUCGUCGAAAGUAUAGCUCUUACUUCAAGAUCAGUCUUCGCGGUGUCUUCAACCUAGGAUCCCUUGUCAUCCUCGUCUCAUCCCUCUUGAUGCUUUUUGCAGGGUAUCCCAUCCUGUACCACUUUCUAGCACCGAACAGCGAUCACAAGUCUUCUUCCUUCUUCGGACUCGGUGGAACCAACGGUAGCGGUCAGGUUCCCGUUUUACCGCUCUUCUCGCUCAUCGACGCAGAUACCCCCGCCCCGUCGCGUCGCUGGACCAACCCGUUGGACAAUUCCUCCUACCACCUCGUCUUCAGCGACGAGUUCGAAGUCCCCGGAAGAACUUUCUGGCCAGGGGACGAUCCAUUCUGGCAAGCCGUAGAUCUGAACUACUGGGUCACCGGCGACUUCGAGUGGUACUCGCCCGAAGCAGUCAACACCUCGCACGGCUUCCUCAACAUCUGGCUCACCGAGCAUCCCACUCACAAUCUGAACUUCCAAAGUGGAAUGCUGCUGCAAAGCUGGAACAAGUUCUGUUUUCAAGGUGGAUACAUCGAGACAUCCGUCAUCCUACCCGGGAGUCACACGAUGCAAGGGUUCUGGCCGGCAAUCUGGCUCCUCGGAAACCUAGGUAGAGCAGGUUACGCCGGGACCACUCAAGGGAUGUGGCCGUACAGCUAUUCCAGCUGCGACGUGGGCACCAUGCCCAACCAGACGUAUGCCAACAAGACGGCACCGGAAGCAGCGGUGAACGCUCAUGGGCUGUACAGCAAAAAUUACGAUCACAAGAUCAGUUUUUUGGAAGGUCAAAGGUGUUCUGCCUGCACAUGCGCAAAUGAAGAUCACCCCGGUCCGAACGUUGGAGUCGGAAGGAGCAGUCCGGAGAUCGAUGUGUUUGAGACUCAGGUCAAUGCCGGUCACGGUGGAGCAAGUCAAUCGUUCCAAAUCGCUCCGUUCGAUGCCAACUACACUUGGGAUCAAUCUCCCUCAUCAGCCACGCUGUGGAGCACAGAUACGCAGUUCAACUCGUACACCGGCGGGGUGUACCAGGAACCUGUCUCUGGAGUGCACCCCAUCCCAGAUACAGCGUACGCGCUGUCAGGAGGUACACCGGUCAAGAUGGGCGUACAGUACGAUCCGGACUGGAACGGCGACGGUGGUGGAUCGAUCACUUGGUUCGUCGACGGCCAGGCUACGUGGACGUUGCAAGGUGCGAGUCUGAGGCCGAAUCCAGCGACAGAGAUCGGUCAGAGGAUCAUCCCGACAGAACCCAUGGCGUUGGUCAUCAACCUUGCGCUUUCGGACGGAUUUCAGAAGAUCCAGUGGGCGGACAUCGAGUUCCCAGCGGCGAUGAAGGUCGACUACAUUCGCGUUUAUCAACGAGACGGACAGGAGGACAGGAUCAGCUGUGAUCCGGCGGACCAUCCAACAGCAAAAUACAUACAGGACCACAUGGAUGUGUAUGGAAAUCAGAACCUGACCAAAUGGCCGCAGGAAAAGUACCCCUGGCCGAAAAGCAGCUUUCUCGGACAGUGCUAG